AUGCAGUUGUUUGUCCCGUUCCUGAUCGGGACGUGCCUGUCCCCGCUCACUCAAGCCAUCAGCCUCUCGCCGCUAGAGCUGCAAUUUCCUCUUUUACAUGAGUUGCGCAAUGCCAAGAGCAUCGAAAAAGGGGAGUUUCGGAGUCAAGCACUCUCAGUCUCCUUCGCCGAGCACAACUUCUCCGUCCCUGUCGACCACUUCCACAACGAAUCCCGGUACGAACCGCACAGCGAUGAUUCGUUCAACCUGCGGUACUGGUUUGAUGCAAGCCAUUACAAGGAAGGAGGACCAGUCUUUCUGAUUGCUGCCGGUGAGACGGACGCGACGGAUCGUUUCCCCUUUCUUUCGCAAGGGAUCGUGGCUCAGCUGGCCAAGACCUACAAUGGGCUUGGCGUGAUCCUGGAGCAUCGCUAUUAUGGAGAGAGUUAUCCAUUCGUCAAUCUCACGGUUGAGAACAUACGAUUCCUCUCGACGGAGCAGGCCCUGGCUGACUAUGCGCACUUUGCGUCCAACGUGGCCUUUCCAGGACUGGAGCAUCUGAACCUGACUGCCGGAGCUGUUCCCUGGAUCGGAUAUGGGGGCUCCUAUGCUGGAGCAUUCGUAGCUUUUCUGCGCAAGGUCUAUCCGGAUAUUUUCUUUGGGGUGGUUUCCUCGUCGGGGGUCACGGCGGCCAUCGAGGACUACUGGCAGUACUACGAGCCGAUCCGGCAGUUCGCGCCGUCCGACUGCGUGUGGAAUCUGGAACGGUUUAUGCAUAUUGCAGACACCGUCUUGAUUGACCAUGCCACGAACGCGACGCUGAAGUCCCAAUUGAAAGCCAUCUUCGGCGCGGAUUCUACGGUCAGCGACGACUUCUUCGCCGCCGCACUCUCCGACCAGCUUGGCGCGUUUCAGGGCCGCAACUGGGAUCCUGCGGUGGGCAGCGGGGCCUUUCAGUUGUACUGUAAGAACAUCACGAGCCCCAUUUCACUCUAUCAGCACAACGCGACGAUCGAGGCGUGGACGAAGGAGAUCGUCUCGGUCGCACAGUAUGAUGCGACCAAUGCCAGUCUGGUCACGGGGCUGCUGAACUAUGCGGGAUACUUGAAUGCAUCGACAUUUUCGCGUCUCCGUCAGGAUGCUUCCCAGACAGACCGGACUUCUCGCCGCCUAUCCACUGCUGCGGCAGCGCCCCAGCCCCGACCGCUGGAUAAAUCGAUGAUGACCAGCUGGAGCUACCAAGUCUGCACGGAAUGGGGCUACUUUAUGCCGGGCUCGACGGUACCCCCAGAUCGACUCUCGCUGGUGUCGCGGCUGUUGACACUCCCCAAGGUGUCAGCGUUCUGCAGAGCUGAUUUCGGAAUCACGGGGCGGCCAGAUACCGGCCGCAUUAACAAGCAUGGGGGGUUUAACUUUUCGUACGCCCGAGCGGCUAUUAUCGAUGGACUAGCGGAUCCGUGGCGUGAAGCCACACCACAUGCGGACGGGGCGCGGCCCAGGACGUCGACGGACGACGAGCCGUUUAUCCUGGUUGAUAUUGCCGCUGAGGAGGUGUGGGAUGGGAUUCGCGGGGCGGUCCACCACUGGGACCAGAACGGGCUGUCAGACGAGGAUCUGGGGCAGGGGAAACGGCUACCACGGGGGAUUGUCGAGUUGCACCAAGAGAUUAAAAGGUUUGUGGGAUUGUGGCUGGCACAAUGGGGCGACAAGAGGACAGUGGUGAGACCGGGAGUCAGUCGUGAUGGGCCAACUCAGACGGUGUUGCAUUAG